UUAUAAUAAUAGGGUUGGUUCAGCCGCUCAUCAAGAGCUUUGUUAGGUAUAUCCACGCGCCAUACGACUUCUCGUCUCAGAGCUGCCUCACCUCUCUGCGGCGAGGCUUGCCACUCAUAACGUCUUUAGUUAUACAGCUAGAGAGCAAGGCAUCAUGGCUCCACAAGAAGACUACGUCGACAACUCUGUCGAUAGGGAUAAUUCCUCGCCUGAACGGCCUCUUGAUGAAAAGACAGCUUUCCCUAGCACGGUCCACGAUGUCGACGAUGCCGUACAUGAUCUUGCUGAAAAGCUUGGUGAUAGGGUUACUGGCACGGCACCGUUGGAUGACAUUGAAUAUGUCAUGGACAAGAUCGAAACGUUGACUGUCGAAGAGAGCAAAGAGAUUAUUCAAAAACUUCUCAAAGAUCACGAGUACGACUAUAACUUCUCCAAUAGUCAGCGCGAGAAGCUUGCAACUUUGACUGAGGGACCCUCCGACGGACAGGAUCCUGAAGAGUGGGAGCUGGAGUUAAAAACCGAGGCGGCAAUCAACAAGUUCUAUUCACCAUACCCCGAGGUGCGCGCUAUUACGACACCGACAGACGAUGUCAAUAUUCCAUGCGAGACUAUUCGUGCCCACUUGCUUGGCUAUAUAUGGGCGGUUCUCGCCCAAUUCACCAAUUCAUUGUUUAAUUCGCGUUUUCCAUCAAUCACGCUGACAUCUGCCGUUGCGCAAAUCCUUCUAUACCCAUGCGGCUUAUUACUUGCCCUCGUUUUGCCAGACUGGGGUUUCACAAUUCGUGGUCAGAGGAUCUCGCUCAACCCAGGCCCAUGGUCGUACAAAGAACAGAUGCUUUCCACUAUCAUCAUUGAUGUUGGACUGACAUCGGCCUAUUGCUUCUGGAAUAUCCAGACUCAGACCGUUUACUACAAGGACAAAUGGCUUACUCCUGGAUAUGGCAUUCUGUUGCUUCUUUCUACGCAACUCAUGGGCUUGGGAUUCUCCGGCUUGCUCCGUCGCUUUGUCGUUUAUCCGGCGGAGGCCAUAUGGCCCAAUAUUCUUCCUACAGUGGCACUGAACAGAGCAUUGUUGGUCCCUGAAAAAGUGGAAGUAAUUCAUGGCUGGCGGCUAUCGCGUUACAAGUUCUUCUUUAUUUUCUUCGGCGGCAUGUUUAUUUAUUUUUGGCUUCCAGACUUCAUUUUCCCGGCUCUCAGUUAUUUUGCCUGGAUGACAUGGAUCUCACCAAACAAUUUCAACUUGAACAUAAUUACUGGUUCUACAAAUGGGCUUGGAUUCAAUCCCAUUUCGACUUUCGACUGGAAUGUGAUUUCCACAUAUUCACUUCCUCUUGCUUACCCAUUCUUUGCAUACUUUCAACAGUUCCUGGGUACAGUUGUGGGUGGGCUGAUCAUUAUUGCAUUGUAUUGGUCCAACACAAAUUGGUCGGCAUAUCUCCCUAUCAAUUCAUCCGGCAUCUUUGAUAAUACUGGUCAAUCAUAUAAUAUUACGAGAGUUGUCAAUCCCAAUGACGGUUUCCUCAAUGAAACUGCUUACAAGGAGUACUCCCCCGCUUUCUAUAGCGCGGGAAAUUUGCUCAUCUAUGGCGCAUUCUUUGCUUUCUACCCCCUUACGAUGGUAUUCAUAUUACUUGAUGCUUGGCGACCACUUCUCAAAGCCUACAAGUCUACGGCAAGAGCCGCUAUCGAUUCGAUAAGAAAAACCUUUGUUGGUACAAAAAAUGCAGUCGCGUCGCUUGCCAGAGGCAAUGUACGUGAAGCCGGUCGACAUCUGUAUGAUAUACUAAACGACGACACAUCAAUAUAUGACGGAUUCGAUGACCCACUGACAAAACUCAUGCGUAAUUAUCCCGAAGUACCGGAUUGGUGGUUCUUGAUUAUUGCACUCGUUGCGUUCAUCUUUGCAAUUAUCAUUGUAGCCCACUGGCCCCAGCUCAAUACGCCUGUUUGGACUGUCUUCUUUGUGAUUGGAUUGAAUCUGGUGUUCCUCAUUCCAAUGUCCUACCUCUAUUCAAUCUCUGGCACAACUGAAGGGUUAAACGUUGUCACGGAGUUGAUUGUCGGUUACGCUUUACCUGGUCACCCCGAGGCCUUGAUGUUUGUCAAGGCGUUUGGGUACAACAUCAAUGGGCAAGCAGAUAAUUAUAUUUCGGACCAGAAGAUGGGCUUCUAUGCCAAGGUCCCCCCACGCGCUAUGUAUCGUGGCCAAGUAUUGAGCGCCAUUAUUACUGCGCUUGUCGCAUACGCAGUUGUCCAAUUUGCUGACAAUGAUAUUGCGGGCAUUUGCACUCCGGGCCAGGUCUCCAAUUUCAAUUGUGAGAACGGAUCGCAAGUAUAUUUCUCGUCGUCUGUUGUCUGGGGUGCAAUCGGUCCCAAGAGAAUUUUUAGCCAGAUCUAUCCGACCAUUAAAUACACAUUCCUCUUUGGCUUCCUGCUCGCCCUCCUUUGGUGGGGCCUUAAGCGCUUUGGUUCCUACGUCCGCGAGGGAUUCAGAGCUGCGUUGCCUGCCAUCAUUUUCAAGCCUAUCAACCUGAUUGUAUUUACGCCUAUUUCAUGGUUGAAGCACGUACAUCCAUCCCUUGUACUUAACGGAAUGCUUUUAUGGGCGCCUCUCAAUCUCACCUACUUCACUGGUGGCCUUUAUUUCUCCUUCGCUUUCAUGUACUAUCUGAAAAGAUACAAGACAGCCUGGUGGGAGAAGUACAAUUAUGUCUUAGCCGCCGCACUCACUGGCGGGGUCGCGUUUUCAGGUAUUAUCGUCUUCUUUGCUGUGCAAUACCACCCCAAAACAAUUAGCUGGUGGGGUACUAAGGUGCUUGGAGCCACGAUUGAUGGUGGCGCUGGCCGCCAGAGUCUGCUCACCGAAUUACCUGCGAAGGGCUACUUCGGCCCUGACACAUGGUUUUAGGUGUGAAAGGGGAAUAAUGUGUUAAUGAAAUGAUUUUUUUUUGAGUCCAAUUAUGGGCUAGGAAUAGGGAAAUACCAGUCAUUACCUUUGUAUG